AUGGACGCGGAGCGCGCCAAAGUAGCCGAGCUCGAAGCGAAUCAUCGUGCCCUAUCCCUCGAGCUCGCCAAUGCCAAGUCACUUGAGCUUGACAAGCGGAGAGAGUUGGUCAGCGCAGGCGAUGAAAUCGAGAAAUUGCGUAUGAAGCAUGGCAGAGAGAUCAUGGAGCUCGAGAUGGAAGUGAAAAGUAAAACACGGGAGGCAAGAGAGCUCGCAGAUGAGUUGAGGCUAGCGAAGGGUGACUUGGAGAGGGAGAGGGAUAGCGUGUCGAACCUCAAGGCAACACUGUCACAUCAGUCUACCUCACAUAUCACUCUCAAUGCGCAGAUCAAUGCUCUCCAGGCACAGAAGGCCGCCAUACAGAUGCAGCUCGAUGCUAUAAUGACCACCACCUCGGACAAGACGCUCGAGCUUGAAUUCGCACAUCGACGAAUAUUGGACCUCGAGCAAGACGCCAGGGAAAGCGAGAUGGUACGCCGCAAGUUGCACAAUAUGGUUCAGGAGCUCAAGGGCAACAUUCGUGUGUUCUGUCGAGUCCGCCCUGUCCUCACAUCAGACUUGUUACCCUCAUCUUCGUUCACCGGCAGCCCAACUCCUGAUGAUGAAGAGAAGGGACGGGAAGCCGAUAUCUCAUUUCCCGACAAAAGGGACCAUAAGGAGAUUAUCGUGUCCUCUUCAAGCUCCAGCGCCAUGGGCUCGGAGCGCAAAGAAGUCUAUAACUUUGGUUUUGAUCGGGUAUUCGAACCUGAGUCAACUCAGGCUGAAGUUUUCGAGGAGAUUUCACUCCUCGCUCAGAGCUGUGUAGACGGAUAUAAUGUUUGUAUAUUUGCUUAUGGCCAAACAGGCUCUGGCAAGUCUUUUACCAUGGAAGGCGGAUCGACCGAGGCCACGACAGGUAUGAUACCCCGUGCAGUGAACCAGGUGUUCAACGCCGCCGAUGAUCUCAAGUCCAAAGGCUGGGAGUAUAAGAUGGACGGCCAGUUCCUCGAGAUUUAUAACGAAACAAUUAAUGACCUCCUUGGCAAGGGUGAGUUCGACAAGAAGAAGCAUGAAAUCAAGCACGACAAGUCCGGGACUCGUGUCACUGACGUGAACGUGAUGCCUCUUCCGUCUCCAGCGUCUGUCACCUCCCUCCUCCGCGUCGCCAACUCCCGGCGCACCGUGGCAGCUACGCUUAUGAACGAGCGUUCGUCGCGUUCGCACUCUGUCUUCACACUCCGAAUAUCUGGUACGAACACGCACACCGGUGAGAGCUGUGAGGGCAGUCUCAAUCUCGUGGACCUGGCUGGUAGUGAGCGCCUCAACUCGAGUGGGGCUGCGGGGGACAAAGAACGACUGAAAGAGACACAAAACAUCAACAAGAGCUUGAGUGCGCUUGGGGACGUCAUCGCAGCACUGGGCGAGAAAGGAGAAAAAGGAGAAAAGCACAUUCCAUAUAGGAAUUCGAAGCUGACGUACUUGUUGCAAACAUCGCUGAGCGGAAAUUCAAAGACCCUGAUGAUCUUGAACCUCUCGCCGCUGGCGGCACAUCUGAACGAGUCUCUGUGCUCCUUGCGAUUCGCGACGAAGGUCAAUAAUACCAUGAUUGGAACCGCCAAGAAACAAGUCCGAGGGUAA